AUGUCUCGCAAUAUCAACGACGACGCUACGAGCGACGAUCACGAACACGCGACCCAACACCAAAAUGGCUACGCGCGAAACCUCAAUGGCGACCACGUCGAUAUCGAGUUGGGCUCUGAAGCCCGCAAAAAAGCAUUUCCAGGCCAUCAAGCGCCUCCGCUGCGUCUCAAAGAUCGCGUCGUGCGAGUAACCUGGCAAUGGUUCCCCUGCACAAUGUCGACCGGUGGUCUCGCCAAUUUGUUAGGCGAGCAGCCCUACACCUUUACCGGAUUGCAAACAAUUGGCAAAGUCGUCUUCAUUCUGAACCUCGUGCUGUUCGUCACAUUCACCUGCUUGAUGAUCGCGCGCUUCUGCAUCAAACCGCGAGCCUUUGCGACAAGUCUGCAUCAUCCAUCCGAGUCAUUCUUUUUCGGUUCAUUUUGGGUUUCAAUUGCCCUGAUCCUCAAUGGCGCGCAAUCUUAUGGAGGGCCCGCUACGGGAGAAUGGUUCGUCACCGCCAUGAGGGUGGUUUUCUGGAUAUACUAUGCCUGCGAAAUGAUUGUAGCUGUUACGCAGUAUCAUAUCAUCUUUGAGACGGAAAGACUGGACAUUUCUGAGGCUCUACCUGCUUGGAUCCUACCGGCCUAUCCAUUCUUGGUCACUGGUAUCUUGGCUGCCAAGAUAGCGGGCAGUCAGCCACAAUGGAGCGCUGUACAAAUGAUUGUCGCAGGUCUUAUGGGGCAAGGAUUGGGCUGGAUGCUCGCACUUUUUAUUUACGCUGUUUAUUUGUCUCGUCUGAUUCAGCACCCACUACCAGCUCCUUCCAAAAGACCAGGCAUGUUUAUCGCUGUUGGACCUACAGCCUUCACGUGCGCUGGACUCAUCUCACUCGGAACACAAGCCAAGUCCUCUUUGCCCGACGACUUUCUCGGCAAUUUGAGCGUCCCCCUUGGCGAACUCUGGUAUGCCAUGUCUGUCCCUGUAGGCCUCUUCAUCUGGCUUGUCGCUAUAUGGUUUUCCGCCCUCUCUGUUCUAUCAGUCCUCCGAGGUAUCCGUCACAUGGAAUUCAGCCUGACAUGGUGGGCACUUAUUUUCCCAAACGUUGGACUUGCUCUCGCGACUAUCAAUGUGGGAAAGAACCUUGAUUCGCGAGGUAUUCAGAUAUUUGCUUCGGCACUUACUGUUGUUCUUGUUGCCUUGUGGUUCGUCUGUGCGGCUGCCCAUAUCAAGGCUAUUAUGAGAAGAGAUCUGCUUGCUGUUGGAAAAGAUAUGGAUGUGGAGCAUGUCAACAAGCAACACGACAAGAAGCAGGCGAACAGAAGGUCCAGGUCGCAAUGA